AUGCUAGAGAUCCAGGAAUUCCCGUCCGCCGCCGUGACCGCCGAGGACCUAGCCCUUCCUCUCAUCAAGCCCCGGCACUACUCCAUCGCUACGGCGGUGGAGGUGCGCCCCACAACGGUUCAGCUCACGGUCGCCGUCCUCAAGGCAAAGGAGAGGGAGGUGUGCGACGAGAAACAAGUCACAAUCAAGGAGGGCCUGUGCUCGCAGCACCUGAGCAGAACCAUGCCCGGAGAGCUGGUGGGCUCCGGCAGCGGCAUCAGUCCGCUCAUGGGGUUCCUUGAGGCCCGGGCUAAGGCGUCACGGCAAGGAAAGGUCCUUGCGCCUUGCCUCUUCUACUUCGGAUGCCGCGAUUCCAGCGAGAUCCUCUACGCUAACCGUCUGCAGACGUGGCUCGAGGAUGGGGAGUUGACCGAACUCCACGUGGCCAAGUCGCGGGAGGGCCCCAACGUGAUGAAUGUACAGGACCUGAUUUCCCGGCAGCAGGCCAGCGUGUGGGAACUCCUUCGCAACCCGACCUGCCACGUCUACGUGUGCGGAGAUUCGGCGGGAGAAGCGGUCAAAGCCGAGGCGCAGACCCAUGGAUGGGGAAGAGGUUUCAACGUUCUUCGCAGCAACGAAGAGCGAUGGCCACGUGCAGUCUGA